AUGUCUGUGGUGAAGUCCAUCGAGGUGGUGCUGCCCAAAGAUGCAGUCUACCUGGCCGGCUCGAACAUAGACGGGCAGGUGGUCCUCACCCUCAACAGUACCCUUGUGGACCCUGUUGUGAAAGUGGAGCUCGUCGGUAGGGGUUAUGUUGAAUGGAAUGAAGAAAUUGGAGAGACCCGUGAUUAUAGCAGAGAUGUUAUUUGCAAUAAUAAGGCAGAUUACGUACAUAAAACAAAGACAUUCCCAAUAAAAGAUAAUUGGUUAAGGGCAGGCAGCCACACCUUUGACUUCCAUUUCAACUUACCUCCCAGGCUUCCGUCCACAUUCAACAGCAAGAUCGGCCAUGUCUCCUACUUUGUGCAGGCCCUGUGCAUGGGCCGGGAGCAUAUCCUGGCCAAGAAGAGGCUGUACUUGCUAAUCCAAGGGAUUUCUGAAUUCCGCCAGCUGAACCUCAUCCAGAACCCCAUAUUGGUGGAAGUGGAGAAGAAGGUAUCUUACAGCUGCUGUAGCCAGGGCUGGGUGAGCCUGCAGGUGCAGAUGGGCAAGAACACUUUCGUGCCGGGUGAGAAGGUGACAUUCACGACAGAGAUCCGCAACAACACGGGCAAGUAUAUCAAGACAGUGGUCUUUGCCCUCUACGCCCACGUGCAGUACGAGGGCUUCACGCCCAGUGCCGAGCGGCGCCGGAGGGCAGACAGCAGUGAGCUGCUGCGACAGGCGGCCAACGCUCGCAUCCCAGCCUUCAACAGCACCACAGUGGUCAGCGCCUUCACCCUGCCACUGGUACUGUCCGUGAGCAACAGCUCCCAGGAGAACGAGAUCAUGCGAACGAGCUAUGAGCUUGUUGUCACUAUCCACCUCCCCUGGUCCUUGUCUACCGUCAAAGCCCGGCUGCCCAUCAUCAUCACCAGCAGGAGGGAAGACCAGGACAACUGCCCCCAGGUGGUUGAGUCACCAUAUGAGGAUCAACUGGUUUGA